AUGCACGAAGGGAUUGACAACCUGAAAUCCCUUUACGACCGUGCCGGGAAGACUUUCUCCGUCGGUCCUUCUGCGGCACAGGAUGUGUCGCGUCGUACUGCUCGACCAGACCCAGUACGUCGAUCAUCAGUUGGGAGCGGGGCUCCCAAGUAUCCCAGGACGGGGGAUAGCCGCUCCACCGGACGAGAUAACUCGUCCGACGUCCGUUCACGUCGCGGUGGUUCAACAGCUGCUCAACUAGAUAGCACUGGCCACCGCGAGAGUCCUCUAAUGGAGGUGGUGGAGGAGGAAAGACGCUCUCCACAAGAUCAUGGGGAUCCGUGUGUUCCCGAGAGCUUCUUUGAUCGCGUAACGCAAGGGUUACGCAACGAUCUCGAACAUUAG